AUGUCAGACUCACAGAAUCCUUUAUUUUCGGAUCCUUCAAUUAUCCAAGUCUCUGGCAACCAAACAGGAACCCAACCCACUCAAUCAUAUUCAUCAGAUGCUUCCAAUGCAUUAUCGAAAUUAUUAGAUUCGGCCAUGUUAAAUGCGGCAAAAGAAUCUAGUCCGGAAUUUGAAAUAAAAUCUACUUCUAAUCCUAAUUCCAAUUCUACUAGUCCAAAAUCCCAAAAGUUUAAAUUUCUGGCAUCUAAAGAUAGCUAUGAUCACAUAUAUAGUAUUGAUACCCUUUUAUCAAUGAGAAAUUUGGCUGAUAAUUCAAUCGUAAGUCAAUUACCACCUAAAGAGUUUUGGGGUGGUUUAUAUAAGAAACCUAAAGAAUAUCAAAAAGAAUUCAACAGAAGAGAUCAUAAAAAGGAAAGAUUCAAUAAACGAGAAUUCGAAAAGAAGAAGAGGGGCGAAUUGUUAGAUGAUGAAGGAGGUGACCCUGAAUGGAAUAGUAUUCCCGAAAAUUUGAAGAUAGAAAUGGGUGAUACCAUAGAAGAUUUUGAAAAAUGGAAACAAGCUCAACGUUCUAAAGAUAAAGUUGAACCUGCAAAACCUUCAACAAUUGGUAAUGAUGUUGAUAGUUUCUUUUCUUUCCUGAAAUCUACAAAUAGUGAACCUACUGAUAAGAAAGCCGAUUCUAAAGCUUCCAGAUUUUCAUCAUUCUUCACCCCAUCCCCAUCCCAAUCACAACCUCAACAACCACAGCCACAACAAUCACAACCACAAUCCAAGUCCAGUACUUUCAAUUCAUUAAAUUCAACAGAGUUAAAGGAAAAAUCAGAUAAGUCAUCGAGAUUUUUCAGUGUUAGCUCUGAUAAAUCUUCUGCUCCAUCAACUCCUUCAACACAAUCUGCUCCUAUUAGUGGAACAAAUCAAUCACCUUCCCAACAUAUGCACCCUAUGAUGCAAUUUCAAAACCCUCAAUUCCCACCACAAGGAUCAAAAGUACCUCCAGGACUUUCUCAAGCUCAACCCAAUCAACCUACCCAACCUGGUCAGGGCCCACAAGGACAUCCAGGGAACGUUCCUCAAGGCCAAAUACCCGGCCACCCAUUCCCUUUCAAUCCUAAUUUCCCUCCAGGUAUGAUACCCCCAGGUAUGCCAUUCCCAUUCCCUCAAGGUGAUGCCCCUGUUCCUGCAGCUAAUGACAAUUUCUUUAUGUCUCUAAUGUCAAAACCAGAAGGGCAAGGUCAAGGUCCAAACAAAGGUGGACAAAUGCCACCAUGGCUCAAUAAUAUGGGUCCUCAAGGUGCACAAGGACAUCCAGGUCAACAAGGACAUCCAGGUCAACAAGGACAUCCAGGUCAACAAGGACAUCCAGGUCAACAAGGACCACAACAAGGACAUCCACAACAAAGUCACCCAGGACAACAAAUCCAAGGACAAAAUAAUCAAAUACCCAAUGGUCCUAAAGGUCCCUUCCAAUUUCCUCCUAAUUUACCUUUGAAAGACAAAGAGGGAAAACCUAUCCCUCCACAUGCUUUUCCCCAAUACCAAAGCCAACCUCAAGACAGAAACUCACCAUUCCCCUUCCCACCCCCAGGAAUGUUUCCACCAGGAAUGCCUUUACCACCAAACAUGAUGCCACAAUUCAGAGAUCCUAACUUACCCAAUCAACCCAACCAACAAUUCAUGCCAUUCCCUGGAAUGAUGAGAAAUCAAGGUCAACCAGGGCAACCAGGGCAACCAGGUCAGCAAGGGCAACCAAAUCAAAGCCACCCCCAUCAAUCCUAA